CAUCGAUGGCUACAUUCUGGACCUAUGAUUAUGUUUGUUCACUACAUGAAGAGUGGACAUUCCUCCUUCGGUCGCGCUGGACCAAGGCAAAAGGGCUUUAUAUCAUUACACGACAUGUCCCCUUUUUGCCCCUCGCCACUGAGCUAUAUAAGCUCUUCACCCCGAAUGAGAACCUCGAUAAAUGCCGGAUGCUCAUAUUGAUUGAAUCAUGCUUCAAUAUAAUAUUAGUCGCUUGCUCUGAAUUCUUUUUUGUACUCAGAACAUGUGCGCUCUGGAGCAACAAUAUAAUCAUACUCGCAGCCAUGUUGUUUGCCUUUCUUGUUGUUCUGGUUGCAUCCAUCGGCGUUAGUUUCAUCACUGUUGGCCCCAUACAAUUUACGAUCAGCGCAAUCCCAGGCAUCACAGGCUGCUACAAGAGCUCGACCAGGUUCAGCUUCGUAUCAUUUCUUCUCUUGUUUGCAUUUCAAUGAGGACUGGUCUGCCUAACGCUCAUACAUGUCAUGCAAAGCUGGCGGAGGAAUGAAAG